UGUGCACGGCGCGCGUCCUCUAGCUGGCACACAUUGACGACCACGUUGUUACCAGUGUCUGCCCUCGCUCCAAUUCCACUCCCUCUCUCCCAGCUUCCCUCCCUCCAUCCCUCUCUCUCCGCUGACAGUAUAGCUAUCUAUCUUCCACUCACAUCGCAGUCUCUGUCAGUAUCCGCGGUAUGAGCGCUAUAGGCCUAAUGGCGCGAAGCAUGGCAUCUCUGCGUCCGAAAGGAAUCGUUUCAGCGCACCUGUGCUUGGCCGUGGUUAUCGCCUGGAUGUCAUUGAUGAGACCCAUGCUAUGUGACAGCGGCGUUUUACUCCGGAGCGACGGGGAUCGUCUGCUUGACAGCCGCGGCGCUGUAGGCAUAGACGGGGUUGACGGAGUGUUCGGACCGGGCUUGGGUGAUAAUGAUGGGGACGCGGGCGACGUGGAAUCCCCGCGCUUCAGGAGAGCACUAUCCCAAGAGAAAGUGUCCCUGCUCAGCAGCUCGUUCGUGCUCAAAGGGGAUGCUACUCACAACCAGGCGAUGGUGCACUGGACUGGAGAGAACAGCAGCGUCAUCCUCAUCCUGACCAAGUACUACCACGGUGACUCCAGCAAGGUUCUGGAGAGCUCCCUCUGGAGGUCUAGUGACUAUGGCACCACCUACAGCAAGCUAAACCUGAUGCCUGGGACAACUAUCGUGGUCUCUAACUUCUAUAUCUGCCCCAUCAACAAGAAAAAGGUGAUCCUAGUGAGCUCGUCCAUUAACGAGCGUGACCAGAUGCUGUUCAUUAGUACAGACGAGGGCUCCUCGUUCCAGCGACAGCCCCUCUCCUUCACCGCGGAGACCCUCUUCUUCCACCCCAAGGAGGAGGACAAGGUGCUGGCUUACUGCAAGGAGGGAAAGCUCUAUGUGUCCACGGAUUUGGGCCGGAAGUGGACUCUAAUGCAGGAACGAGUGACCAAGGACAGGAUAUAUUGGUCUGUGGCUGGUGUAGAUGUGGACCCUGACUUGGUGCAUAUGGAGAUGCAGGACACAAGUGGAGGGUACCUGUACGUGACCUGUCUGAUCCAGAACUGCUCAGACAAGAUGGUGACGGCUCAGUUCCUGGGGAAGAUCGACCACAACUCUCUCUCAGUCCAAGACGACUACGUCUUUGUCAAGGUGACCACAGGAAACCGCACCAAGCACUACGUUUCAUAUCGACGGAAUGAGUUUGUCCAGAUGAGGUUCCCUAAAUACGCCCUACCAAAGGACGUCCACAUAGUGAGUACGGACGAGAGCCAGGUGUUCCUGGCCCUGCAGGAGUGGUACCAGACAGACACCUACAACCUGUACCAGUCGGACCCGCAGGGCGUCUACUACUCCGUCGUGCUGGAGAACGUCCGCAGCGCCAAGCAGCCGGAGGAGAGCGCCCUUAUAGACAUACUGGAGGUCCGCGGGGUCAAAGGCGUCUUCUUGGCCAAUCAGAAGGUGGAUGGCAAAGUGACGACUUUCAUCACCUAUAACAAAGGCCGAGACUGGGAACCCCUUGCCCCGCCUACCACUGACAUGAACGGCAAGCCAGUCACCUGCCAAUCACCUGACUGUCACCUCCACCUCCACCUGCGCUGGGCUGACAACCCUUACGUAUCAGGGACCGUCCACACCAAAGACUCCGCCCCCGGACUCAUCAUGGGUGCAGGUAACCUGGGAUCCCAGCUGGUGGAGUAUAAAGAAGAGAUGUACAUCACCUCUGACUGUGGGAAAACUUGGAGACAGGUGUUUGAGGAAGAGCAUCACAUCCUGUACCUGGACCAUGGAGGGGUCAUUGUUGCCAUCAAAGACACCUCCAUCCCCCUCAAAAUACUCAAGUUCAGUAUCGAUGAGGGAAGGACGUGGAUCAUCCACAACUUCACCAGCACCUCGGUUUUCGUCGAUGGACUUCUGAGCGAACCGGGAGAUGAGACCCUGGUCAUGACGGUGUUUGGUCACAUCAGUUACCGGUCAGACUGGGAGCUUGUCAAGGUGGACUUCAGACAGUCAUUCCCCAGACAGUGUACUGAGGCCGACUACGACUCCUGGAAACUCACUGACCUGAAGGGAGAGAAGUGCAUCAUGGGUCAGGAGAGGAGUUUUAGGAAGAGGAAGGACACCGCAUUCUGCAUCAAGGGGAAGAGCUACACCUCCGCCCUCACUACCAAGACCUGCCAGUGCUCCGAGAAAGACUUCAACUGUGACUAUGGGUUUGAGCGUGCCCAGAGCCUGAAGACCGAGGGAGAUAGAUGCUUUGCUGACUUCUGGCACGACCCAGACUCGCCACCUGACGACUGCCAUCUGGGACAUGACUUCGAGUCCAGCACAGGGUACAGGAAGGUUGUGUCCAACAUGUGUGAGGGGGGAGUAAACAAGCAGCAGAGCGCCAAGCAGCACACCUGUCCUCUGCUGCCUCCCAGAGGCCUCCAGCUGGGUAUAAAGGGGCAGAUACUGGCUGUGGCGCCUGGUGAUGACAUCACCUUCAUCGUCCACCAGGAACAGGGUGACACCAGCAACACUAAAUACCAGGUGGACCUGGGUGACGGGGUGAGGGCCAUCUACCAGAACCUGACAGUGACAGACGAGCCCAUCCAGCACCGCUACGAACAGCUGGGGGUCUACCGUGUCACUGUCAAGGCCGAGAACAUGGCCGGACACGACCAGGCCACCAUGUACAUCCAGGUCACAGCCCCUCUACAGGAAGUUCACCUGGAAGUAGUUCCCAUUGCUGGGGUUAACCAGGAAGUCAACCUGACAGCUGUGGUGCUUCCUUCAGAGGCCAACCUGACUGUCUUCUACUGGUGGAUAGGAGACAACCUACAGCCCAAGCUGUCCCUGGAGAAUAGUCUGAUAACGCGGUUCCCUGCGGAAGGAGAGGUGUCUGUCACUGUCCAGGCCUCUAAUGGACGCUCCAUGGUGCAGGACACCAAGACAGUCCGCAUCUACGACAUUUUCCAGGUCAUCCCUCUGGCCUUCAGCAGUAACCUGGACCUCCUCAACCCCAACAUUCCAGAGUGGAGGGAGGACGUGGGUCAGGUGGUCACCAGGAUUCUGGCCAAGAUCACAGGUGUCCCCCAGGAGUCCCUGGUAACCAUGGUGAAGCCGGGCCUGCCCACCACAGCCGAGCUGUACAUUCUCCCACCAGAGAGCAAGCCUGCUAAGAGGAGUGUAUUUGUGGAUAAGCGUAUCCCUGCCAUUAAGCAGGCCUUCAAUGAGAACAAUGUUAGCUUCUUCGUACGAGGAGGUCUACAGGUGUUGGUGACCUUAGCUGAUCCUAACGCAGGACUAGUAGCUAAUGACUCGUCCCCGAGAGCGACGGAGAUCGGUUCUCAGGGUGGAGUGGCAGGUCCAGGUGUCUGGGCUCUGGCUGUCAUCUUCCUCAUCAGCGUCAUCGCUACUGGAUCCUUCAUCCUCUACAAGUUCAAGAGUCCUUGGCUUAGGACUGAGGAUGCCUAUCCUCCACUAUUUUUCAGAAAGCUGCCUGGCCGAAAUGUGUAUGCCCAGAUGCACAACGAGAAGGAGCAGGAGAUGACCAGCCCUGUCAAUCACAGCGAGGACACGCAGCACAUCAUCCAGGGGGAGGAGUUUAUCGACGACGAUCUGGACUCGCAGACUCUAGGUAACGCAGGAGGUAACCACUCGGGUGUGGUGCUGAGCAUCAACUCCAGAGAGCUGCACAGCUACCUGACCAGCUGAUGGCUGAACAAGGACACACUAACCAGCUAGCCAUGCUAAAGAGCUAGCCAUGCUAACGAGCACAGGGAACUCUACUCUGCCUUCCUUCUCUGUCUCUCCGUCUGACCAACCAAUCCACCACUCCCCUUACAGAGGAAGAGAAACCACCAUAGUACUACAGUCUAGCAGUACUCUCUCUCUCUCUCUCUCCUCUUCCUCUCCUUCUCUCCAUGGCCCCUCGCUCCCUUGUUACGGCUCUCGGUCUUGCCACUGGACCAGAGGGACACUUACUGUAUCCUCCGUUCUGCUUCUCCCUCAAUCGCUCUCUACCCUCCCCACUGCGUUACUGUAACAUCAGGGGUGUGGGCCAACUCUGCUUUUUACCCAGUGUUCUUUGCACCCAGUGUCCGUUGCACCCUGUGUCGUGUUUGCUCGGUGUGUUCUCAUUGGUUAAACCCCGCAGAGACUGAUUGGACGCCACCCAGUGAGGAUGGACAGUUCCGGUGACAUCACAGAGAGGAAGCCCCACCCACUGGCCUGCUAUUUAAAACGCUCUGUACUGUAAGACUCAUCUUUACACUGACUGUUUUCACACACUAGGUAGUUCCCAGAUAUCAUAGUACACUAGUAGAAGAAGGAUAGCGGGGUACACAAUAUGACCAAAACAGAGCCAUGCAAUGACCAGGCCAUAGCUGUGAAAAGUACAUUCUCACACACAGUUUGGGUACUGUGGUUUAGUAGUGGAGAAAAGGUAAAUAUGUUAUUAAUAGCUUUGUUUACAACUCUGGGGGAUCCUACAAAAUGAAGAGACGGUUUUUAGGAGAAUAUUUUUUUUUUUUUUUUUAAACAAUCCCAUAAUUUACAAUUGACGCCAUCUCUGUUUCUCUCUCUCUCACUUAAAUGCAAUAAUACUCUUUCUCAGGAAAGAAUUAGAUGAAAUGCCCCCUUUAAAUCUGCAGGGUUGUUAUAUGAAGGAUAGGGUGUGGAAAGGGAGCAGUCUGAACCAAUAAUGUACAUAAACCCUGGAUUGCUGAUGCAAUGUAUUGGCCAUUGAGAGGCUUUGAAGCCACCGGUCAGCCAUAUUGGCACUCCCCAGUAGGAGCAGUCUUCCAUAGGAAUUAAUGGAAUUCUACAGUAUCUCAAUUAAAUGUUUCAAGGACAAAAUGACAUGUAUUUAAGUAUUUUUCUUGUUUGUUGUAGAGGGGAAAGUAACAUUUAGUAACACAAAAAUAUAUAUACUUUAAGGGAAAUGUUUAUAUAUUUAUAUAUAUUUGAAUGUUUAGCUCACAUAAUAUAAUUUAAAAGUAUGCUUUAAUGUGUCUGGAAUAAAAUACGUCUGACAAAAACAAAUGUAGACAUUAAUAAAUGCAUUUCUAUAGCUUCCAAAAUAUUUUUUACACUGGUGGGGGAGUGCCAAGAUGGAGGCACAGUGGCGUCAACACAGCGCCCCAGAAUCAGUCAUCUAGUGUAUAUAUAAAUCAUUGGUCUGAACUGAGGCAAGGUUGCAUUCAUGAAAAUAAUGCAAUUACCCAAAUAGGCACUAAGGGGUGGUGUUGCACUGUUUAUAAAUCCCAGAUACAGGUAUUUCAGAGUUGAGCGAACAUGAAGCAUGUGGGAAAAUCCUCAUUCAUUCACCAUUAUUUACAUACAGUCAUUGUUGAAAUGGUCUCCAUUUGUCAUACAGCAAUGUAUAACAAUGCUCUAUAAUAAUGAAAUAUGUCAUUUUUAUGUUUUACGGUACUUGAUUACUAGGUGAGGUUAAAGGAGUGACACUUUGUAUGGUGUUUGAUAUUUUAGCAAAGCUACAGCAUGUCACGUCCCUGGUUAAAAGAAAAAGUAAUUGUUUGUCCCACCGUGCCUAAAAAGACGCAGACUCCUCUGCUCUAUGACAUUUCCUUUGCAUUUCCUCUACUUAUUUAUUUACUAAUAACAAUUUGACUGCGCCGCCAAGUUAACCCCCGGGUCAGAGGUCAACGUGAGUUCAUUUCCCCAGAGACUAAGGUCGUCGUCAUGGAGAUAAAGGUGUGGCUGUCGUUAUAUGAGCCUAUAUUAGGCAGAGUUAGCAGUGGUAUGGUGGUAGGUCUCCUAUAUAAUUUGGUUUGUGUACAUAGAUGUUUAUAUGAAGAACCUCCCACUGUAUAUAGUCACUUGAGUGUGAGUAUUUUACACUAAUAUGAAAACACACACGUCUUUUUGGAUGCCCCCUUCACUGAAUCCCCCAUCACAGUAAAAUGACACAGGGAGCUUUCUCAUUACCCAUUGCUUGCUUCUCGUGUAUCAGCAUUAUUUCUGUGUAUAGUGAAGUAUCAGACUUUUAUAGGUAGGCUACUUUUUGUUGUAUCCAUUGUUUAACUGGAAAGGAUCUCUCACGAUCAAAUCUACACCCUUCACUUCUGCACUCGUGCUGAUACAUUUAGUUUAAUUCCUGUAAAAACGUGAAGUAAAUCUUAGUCAGUAGCUUUCCUUCCCAUUGCACAUUUCCCAAGACAUUUCAUUUACACCAACGAUGUAGUCUUGAGGGAGUGCAGUCCAGAGAGAAGUGUACUUCACAUAUUGGGGCCAUAUGAUGGGGUUGUCUCGAUUGAGGCAGAGUACACGUCUUAGUGACAAAAGCUGAGAGUCAACCUCAAGCUUACCAGUGAGUCAGUUACAUUCAUGAUAAUGUAGGCCUAUCUGAUACGAACAGACAGUACACCACACCGGACUAUUCGAUUUGAUUCUCCGUUCUUCAUCUUUUGUACAUAUAUAUGCUCAUAUUUGGCUUGUUCUUAGUUUUCUAGUGACGUCUGUUAUUAUUCCCCCCUUGUGGGGAUCAAGAGAGUCCAACAUAUUCUGAAGGAGAUUCACUGUUGUUGACAGACUGUGAGAUUGACCGCAGUUGUAUUAAUAUUUUUGGGUUUGUUUGAUUUUUGGUCAAUUAAAAAUGUGUUGAAGUCCUCAACAGAGAGUGUAUCGCACUUAACCUGCAUUCUGGAAUAAACCACUCCCCUAACUGUA